UAAACCCAUCUAGAUUUUUCUAAUUUUUUAGUUUUCUAGAAAAAAUAACUUCUAUAAAUGUGUAGCACUUUUCAUUACAAUUAAUAAAAGCGGUAGUAGUAAAUUAAAUAUAAAAAAAAUUACUGUUAGAGAAAAAGAAGAAGAAUGAGAUCAAGAAUGGAAGAAAUAGAAAGUAGCAGAGAAAUAUUGGUGGUAGAGAAAAAAGAUGAUAAGGGUGAAGGUGAAAGAGAAAGGCCAAAAGUGCCGUGGAAUGGGGGAUACGGGAAGAGCAUUGUGUAUGGAGGUCUGGACGCCAUUGUCACUUGCUUCUCUCUCAUUUCUUCCAUCUCUGCCAAUAGACUCUCCUCCGCGGAUGUUCUGGUGCUUGGGUUUGCGAAUUUGGUGGCGGAUGGAAUAUCAAUGGGAUUUGGAGAUUUUGUAUCAAGCAGCACUGAAAAAGAUGCCGCUGCAAUAGAAAGGGCUGUUACUGAGUGGGAUGUUACUAAUCAUAGUGGUCCUCAGAAGAUGGACUUACUUCAUCAAUAUCAAGCACUUGGGAUGGACCUAGAUGAUGCCACCACGGUGGUGAACAUAUUUGCAAAAUACAAGGACAUUUUGGUGGAUGAGAAGAUGAUGACUCAGAAAGGAAUGCUACCACCAGAUCAAGCAGGAGACAAGCCAUGGAAGAAUGGCCUUGUCACCUUUGCUGCCUUUAUCAUCUUCGGCAGCGCUCCUUUGCUUUCUUUUAUCGUUCUCAUUCCAAUCACCGACAACGAAUCAGUGAAGUUUCUCGGCGCUUGUUUGCUUUCUGCACUGGCCUUGGCACUUCUCGGUGUGGCCAAGGCAAAGAUUGCAGGCCAAAGUUAUGCAGUAUCUGCUGCCAUGACUCUAUUUACUGGUGCUAUUGCUGCUGGCGCUGCUUAUGCUUUGGGGUGGAUACUGAGGAGCAUAGCAGGCCUGGACGCAGAAACAUAGCACCUAUAAAGUAAGACCCAAGAGCAGCAGACAUUAUGAUUUUUUAAGGCCCUUUAAGGAUAUGCAUGUUUUUUUUGUGUUUUGUAUGGCUAAUGUUCUAUCAUUGAUAUGUUCAGCUAACAUAUAUAUCAGGCACUGCUUUUGGGAUGAACAUCAAAAUUCUAUGAUGA